GUGCCUGGGACCAGGUCUCAUUCUUCCUCUUCAUCAUCAUCACCGUGUACACGAUGCUGCCCGUGCGCAUGUGGGAUGCCGUGGUCGCUGGCCUCAUCUCCUCCCUCUCCCACAUCAUUGUUUUGGGCGUCUACCUGUCAGCUGGGCAGGGGUCCCGGGCUGACCUGGCUAUGCAGCUGCUGGCCAACGCAGUGAUCUUCAUCUGUGGCAACCUGGUGGGAGCCUAUCACAAGCACCUGAUGGAGGUGGCUUUGCAGGAGACCUUCCAGGAGACCUUCAAACUCAUCCAGUCCCGAGUCAAGCUGGAGUCUGAGAAACGGCACCAGGAGCACCUCCUUCUCUCCAUCCUGCCCGCGUACAUCGCCAUGGAGAUGAAGGCCGAGAUCAUCGAGCGGCUGCGGGACGGGGGGCGGCAGGAAAGCGCAAAUAAUUUCCACAACCUCUACGUCAAGCACCACAAGAACGUCAGCAUCUUGUACGCCGACAUCGUGGGGUUCACAAGGCUGGCCAGUGAGUGCUCCCCGAAAGAGCUGGUCCUGAUGCUCAACGAGCUUUUCGGCAAGUUUGACCAGAUUGCCAAGGACAAUGAGUGCAUGCGCAUCAAGAUCUUGGGUGACUGCUACUACUGUGUCUCGGGCCUGCCAGUCUCGCUCCCCAACCACGCACGCAACUGUGUCAAGAUGGGUCUGGACAUGUGCCAUGCUAUCAAGAAGCUACGGGAUGCCACCGGUGUGGACAUCAACAUGCGGGUCGGGGUGCACUCGGGGAAUGUGCUGUGCGGGGUCAUAGGGCUCCAGAAGUGGCAGUACGAUGUCUGGUCCCACGAUGUGACGCUGGCUAACCACAUGGAGGCUGGAGGAGUGCCAGGGAGGGUGCAUAUAACAGAGGCCACCUUGUCUCACCUGGGGGGGGUCUAUGCUGUGGAGGAAACCUGUCGCUGGCAGCGUGACCCCUUCCUGAAGGAGAACAAAGUGAAGACUUUCCUGGUCAUUGACCCCUGGGCGGGAGCGGAAAGCUGCGCCAACGCCCUGUCCCCAGUGCCCGGGGAGGGCCCGAAGAUGAGGGCGUCGGUCCGUAUGACCCGCUACUUGGAGUCCUGGGGGGCCGCCAAGCCCUUUGCCAACCUCAAGCACCUCGACACCAUCCCAGCUGAUCAGCCAGGAUUCACCAGGAACAACCAUUCGGAGAGCUCCCUGGGGUCCCUGAAUCAGUCCAAGACGGUGGAGCGGGGCCAGUGGGGCUCCAGCCAGCUCCCUGGCAGGGUCUGGGAAGGGAGCGCCACCUCCACCCCCGAUCCACCUCUGCAGGCCACCCCGGUGUUUGGGUACUACGUUUACUGUUGCAUCCUGGGACUCCUCUCCUGCUCACUCUUCCUCCACAUGAAUUUUGAACUCAAGCUCCUGAUGCUGACGCUUUGCCUGGUGAUCUACAAUGUCCUCUUCCUCCACAGCCACGCCUGGCUCUCCGACUGCUACGUCGGGCACCUCUACCCCAACCAGACCAUCCUCAGGCCGGGGGUCCUGAAGGAACCCAAGCUGAUGGGAGCCGUUUCCCUCUUUGUCUUCUUCUUCACCCUGCUGGCCCUGGCUAGACAAAAUGAGUAUUAUUGCCGUCUUGACUUCUUGUGGAAGAAGAAGUUCAAGAAGGAGCGUGAGGAGAUCGAGACCAUGGAGAACCUGAACCGUGUCCUGCUGGAGAAUGUGCUCCCGGCCGACGUGGCUCAGCAAUUCAUCGGCCAGAACCGGCGUAAUGAGGACCUUUACCAUCAAUCCUAUGACUGUGUCUGUGUCCUCUUCGCCUCCAUCCCCGACUUCAAGGAGUUCUAUUCCGAGUCCAACGUCAACCAUGAAGGGCUGGAGUGUCUGCGGCUGCUCAAUGAGAUCAUUGCAGAUUUUGAUGAGCUGCUCUCAAAGCCAAAAUUCAGUGGUGUGGAGAAGAUCAAGACCAUUGGCAGCACCUACAUGGCAGCUACAGGAUUAAAUGCCACCUCUGGCCAGGACAACCAGCAGGAUGCCGAGAGGAGCUACACCCACCUGGGCAUCAUGGUGGAGUUCGCGGUGGCCCUGAUAGCCAAGCUGGAUAUCAUCAACAAACACUCCUUCAACACCUUCAAACUCCGUGUGGGUAUAAACCAUGGCCCCGUGGUGGCUGGUGUGAUUGGAGCCCAGAAACCUCAGUAUGACAUUUGGGGAAACACGGUGAAUGUGGCGAGUCGCAUGGAGAGCACCGGGGUGCUGGGGAAGAUCCAGGUCACAGAGGAGACAGCCAGGGCCCUGGAGACCCUGGGUUACACCUGCUACCUCCGCGGGGUUAUCAAGGUCAAGGGCAAAGGCCAGUUACGGACCUACUACGUCUGCACCGACCUGUCCCGCUGUGGCCUGCAGGCCCCCAUGCUCAGCUGAGGGCUCGCCCCACCCUGGACCUGGACCUACAGAGGGCUGGUCUCCCUCCGUCCCGCUGCAGUACCUCCUCUCCACCACUCGGGGAGCUGGCACAGGAGACUGAUGGCUUUGCGUUCAUCCACUCAUGUCAUGACUUGAUGCCUGGACUCAGUCUUUCACGAUGGGACAAGUGAAGGGUGGGGGGCNGGGGCUCAGAGGGCGAUGAACCCCACCUGCAGGAGGCAUGGAAGGGGGCUGGUUUGAGGUGGGUGGGGUUCAGAGGGGAAUGACACCCCGGAAGAGCUGGGUGAGUCAGGAUGGGCAAGACGAUAUGGGGGUACGGGGAGAGCUCGGAAUAACAUGAUCCCCCUCAGUGAGGGGCUGGGGGAGCCAGCUAAGGAUAGUCCCCCCUCUCCCCCUUUAAUCCCUCUUCCUUGAAGGCCGCCCACCCCCCAACCUCCAGGCCCCCACUGUGCUGUGGUCUCAGCUUCGUGUGUGUAUGUACUUCCUGUUACCCAAGAUCAGUGCCAGGAAACCGCAGCUUCCGGAGAGACUAGAACUGGCUUCCCCGGGAAGAUCAUCCUUCCCCAGGGUGUGCCAGAGCCUGGGUGGGGAGAUGCUGAAAGGGGGAUUGUGACUGCAGAGUAGAGAGUGAGGGGUGUGUGUGUGUAGGGGGAAUUCCCUAUAGUUUUAAUAUAGGCAGGGCCAUUAGUCAG